UAAACCAUCUCUCUCUCUCUCUCCCUCUCACCUCGCAUAGAGAAAGGGAGAGAGAGAAAAGGGAGAGAUAGAGAGAGUUAAAUAGAGCGAGUCAGUCUCUCUCUCUCUCUCUACACUGGAAUUUGAUAUACAUGAGUAGAGCUGACAAGGCUGGAAAAGGCGUACAUCUCGAGGCCUGGAAGGUUUAAAGGCCGCGGAAGGUUGAGGGGCGUCUGAAACCACCAACUGGAACCUCUCGAACAUCAUUUCUUAUGGGAAGUUAUUGUGGUCUGGCCUGGAACCUGGAGGACAAGUGUUAGCAUCUCCUUGUUUAUUCUGGAACGAAGAACACAGCCUGGAAUUGUCUCACACUCAUUCGCUGCUCUUCCAGGCAAUCUUAGUCUCCGCCACCGCCUGGAAGCGAGAAAAACUGGAAGCAGAAGGAGAGAAUGUUACUGGACUUUUCUCCUUUACAGAAUAUAUCCUGGAAACUGCCUGGCUGCAUUUUUAGUUGAUUUCCCAGCGGUAGGGGCAUUUCCAGACUUUCCAGACACUCGCCUCGCUGGAAAGACUCGCAAAACACUUCCUGGAAUUCAGUGUGCUGCUGGCCAUGCUCAUUUUGCAAAGCAGUUGAGAAGCCUGUGUUUCCAAACCGUCCUGGAAAGAAGUAGAGAGGGUUUCCAGGCAUCUAUUCCCUCUGGAAACUAAGAUUACUAAAAUUUCCAGCGUUCUUAAUCCUUCUGGAAAGACAUAGUGGUAGUUUCCAAGUCUUUAUGCCCUCUGGAUGCUAGCAUUACUAAAUUUCCAGCACUUAAUCUUGCUGGAAACACGUAGAGACAGCUUCCAGACCUUUAUACUCCCUGGAAGCGAAGACUGCUAUAUCUCCAGCCUUCAAAACCUUGCUGGAAAGAAACUGUGACGGUUUGCAGGCUUUUAUGCUCUCUGGAAGUGAAGACCACUAAAUUUCCAGCACUCAUAAGCUUCCUGGAAAGUAGUGACGAUUCCCAACCUUCUUUACUCUCUGGAAGCGUGAAUUCCUGUAUUUCCAGCCUCCAGAAUCUCGCUGGAAAAAACUAUACCUUUCCAGUGCUCCCAAUUUGCUGGAAAAGGACUUAUCAAAAAAUUCCAGUCUUGGAGAUCCGCUGGAAGGAAGUAGAUUUUCCAGGACAAUUGACGGACCCCCUGGAAACAAGACACGGCCGUUUCCAGUUCACCAUCUGCCCUGGAAAGAUAUCCGAGGCUCCCAGCAAACAGUACACGGGGGAAAAUGAUCUGAAGGCUUCCAGUUUUCCAGCAAUAAGGGAAAUUCCAAGCUGUGUGAAGCCAAAGGAAGGACAUUACUCAAUAUAUCUUCCAGUACAGAAAAGACUGAUUCCUUCCAGCAUUUCCAGACCGUGUACCCACUUAACACUUCCAGUUAAUAAGAAACUGACUUUAUCCUCUUCAUCUGCUUGAAAAUACGACUCUAACCGCUUCUAGUCCAGCCAAAGGUCCUGGAAAAAGGAGUAUUUGAGCUUGUUAAGAGUCACUGGAAGGGUACACGCUGGAGGCUCCGGGACAAGGCUGUGGAGUCCUGGAAAGUGUGAUUCAAGUCUUCAGUGUGAUCCUGCAAGUGUUCUGGAACCUGAGACCACUGGAAAUCGUAGAAAAAAAAAAGGAAAAUAGAUAAAAUAGUAAAAUCUGUCUGGAAAUUAGAAAAAUAAAUAGAGAAAACAACUGGAAACUGGACAAAAGACUGGAAAAUUAAGAAACAGGCUGGAAUAUUAAUAAGAAGUCUGGAAAUUUAAAACUGGAAAGACAUUUAAGCUUUUCAGACAUAAUAAAUUUGUUUACUAGAGAGAGAGAGAGAGAGAGAGAGAGAGAGGAAGAGACUAGAAUUUCAAACGACUUAUAAAGAGGAGAAGACUAAACAGAAACAGAGAAAGAGAGAGAGAGAGAGAGAGAGAGAGAGAAAGAGAGAGAGAGAGAGCCCUGGAAUAUUUCUGGAAGUGGAGGAAACUAAAAAUACUUUCACGAGACAAAGAAGAAGAAAAAGAAAAAGAGAGAGAAGAAAAAAAUUGAAAACAGACAGACAGACAAACAAACACUGGAAUGAAGACCUGUCCUGGAAUCUUAUCUUCUGGAAUACUGGAAUAACAAGCCUGGAAUACUGGAACGUAGGAAGAAAAUGGGAAACUGAUGAAGAAAAUGAGAUACAGACACGGCUCGAAGAGGGGACCACUCCAGAAAUCGCAGCCUUAGCUAAUCUGACCCAUUUGCCCUUUGAAAACUUGCAUUCCCGCCUUCUUAGCAGUAUUCCCAAGGGGUGAAAUAAGGGGCACCUCCACCCCUAGGUCAGACUGGGCUUAAGGGACGCUCAGAAUGGUGGAAGGUCGCUAUAUAGAAGGAGGAGAAGGAGGUGGAGGAAGAAGAAGAAGAAGAAGCUAUGGUGAGAGAGUCAAAAAUAUAAAUCUUAGAAAAACCUUAUGCACUGUUACAAUAUUAGUCAUUCUCGGGGUAGGGGCGAGAGGUGUGGGCCCGCCGGAACCUCACCCACCGCCAGAGCCCCCAGUGGUACAAGCCCUGACCAUUGGCACGAGGUUUCGACCCCCAGAACCCACGCCAGUUGAAUCCGGGUCGAGGAGCGGAGUGAGAGAAAGGCUGAACGUUGGAAUUAUAAUGCCAAUGACGAAAUUCAAGCAGAGAAAGUACCAAGGGCAGGUCAGAACGGGCUUAAAGGUCUUUGAUAACGAGCUCGGGAAGAAAUAUAUGUUUGGAUACAGUGAAUUUAUCCAGCAACAGCUUCCUAUCAACCCAUCCCCGACCAAGAUCCUGGAUACUCUCUGUGAUAAGUUCCUGCCGAUGAACGUGUCAGCCAUCAUCUACACCACGAAGGACGAGAUGUUUGGGCGCAAUACAGCCUCGUCCCAGUACUUCCUUCAGCUGGCGGGCUACCUCGGCAUCCCUGUCAUCGCUUGGAAUGCCGACAACUCUGGUCUCGAACAGGCAUCCAUGAGUGGGCUGCGCAUUCAGAUGGCUCCCUCGAUCCAUCACCAGGCCGCCGCUAUGCUGAGUAUCCUUGUUAGAUAUCAGUGGCACGCCUUUACCAUUGUCACCAGCCACAUCGCGGGACACUCCGACUUCGUGCAGACAGUGAGAGACCAAGUUCACCAGUACAGGGACACGCAAGACCUCUCCAAACCUAAUAUCAAGUUCACAAUUAUAGACACUGUGUUACUGAACCAGGCGGAGAAGGACUUAGCGGUGGUGGUGGACAGUGAGGCUCGGAUCAUGCUACUGUACUCCACCAACGACGAGGCGAAACACAUCAUGAGGUCCGCGGAGAAGCUCAGUUUGACCGGCAAGAACUACGUGUGGAUUGUGACGCAGAGUGUGGUGGGGCCCAGCGAGUUUGCCCCGAGUGACUUCCCCGUUGGCAUGCUGGGCGUUCACUUUGACACAGACGACAACGCCCUACAAGAGUCUUUAGUGACCACAGUUCGCAUCUUCGGGUAUGGUGUCAUUAACUUGAGUGACGCCAGGAAUGAACACCUUAGCCUCAACCCACAGCUGUCUUGCGAGGGUCACACCAAUGCACGCUGGGCCCUAGGUGCGACUUUCUACAGGUACCUCAAGAACGUGAGCGUCCCCUACGAUAAGGUAUAUGAGGACCUUGACUCGAAGAGGGAAGACAGACACAACGUGGUAGAGUUCCUGCAAGAUGGGACUAGGAAGGAUGUGGAGCUUAAGAUAAUGAACUUAAGGCCUGGCGGAGGAUCAGGCAGCAGCAAGAAGUGGGAGGAGAUCGGCACCUGGAACUCUUGGCAACCUGAGGGGGUCACCAUUAACGACAUUGUGUGGCCGGGUCAUCAACACGUCCCGCCUCCUGGAGUUCCGGAGAAGUUCCAUUUAAAGAUUGUGUUUCUUGAAGAGCCACCCUACAUCAGCCUCGCCUCGCCGGACCCAGUAACGGGACAGUGCAGUGCGAACCGGGGUAUUCUGUGUCGAAUUGCUACGGAAGCGAUGAUGGCCAACGUCACCAACGUCACCCUGGCACAGCAGAACAGCACGUAUUUCCAGUGCUGUUCCGGGUUUUGUAUUGACAUGCUGCAGAAAUUUUCCGCCGAAUUGGGCUUCACUUAUGACCUCUUCAGGGUUGAGGACGGGAAGUGGGGCACGCUGGAGGUAAGCCACGGGGGGUACAAAUGGAACGGUCUUGUGGCAGCUCUGAUCAACCACCGCGCUGACAUGGCCUUGACAAGCUUCAAGAUUAACUCAGAGGAAAGUGUCAUAGAUUUCACUGUGCCCUUCCUGGAAUCUGGAAUAGCUAUAGUGGUGGCCAAGAGGACUGGAAUCAUCUCACCAACUGCAUUCUUAGAGCCUUUUGACACCGCCUCGUGGAUGUUGGUGGCGUUUGUGGCGAUACAAGUGGCGGCCCUCACUGUCUUUCUGUUCGAGUGGCUCAGUCCUGGAGGCUACAACAUGAAGGUCGCCCCCCCCACAGAUCACAAAUUCUCGCUGCUCCGGACCUACUGGUUGGUGUGGGCAGUGCUGUUCCAGGCCGCAGUUCACGUCGAUUGCCCCAAAGGAUUCACAGCAAGGUUUAUGGCAAACAUCUGGGCAAUGUUUGCUGUUGUGUUCCUUGCCAUCUACACAGCCAACCUCGCGGCUUUCAUGAUCACAAGAGAGGAAUAUCAUGAUCUGUCUGGCAUUGAGGACCACAGGCUCCAAAACCCGUAUUUCAAGAAACCACCUUUUAAAUUCGGCUUCGUUCCCUUCACUAACACGGAGACGAUCCUUUCCAAGCACCAGCCAGAGAUGUUCCAGUACAUGAGACAGUACAACAAGUCAUCUAUCACUGCCGGCAUCAAGGCUAUCAAGAAGGGAGAGCACGAUGCCUUUAUCUACGACGCUACUGUGCUGGAUUACCGCGUGGGACAGGACGAUGAGUGUACACUGCUGACUGUGGGCGCUUGGUACCACAUGACAGGGUACGGUAUUGCCUUCCCCCGGGGCUCCAAACACACUGCCCAGUUCAACGAGAGGCUUAUGAGCUAUAAGGACAACGGAGACAUGGAAAGGAUUCAACGGUUCUGGCUAACAGGGGCGUGCAAACCGAAGAAGCAGAACAAGAGGGCUUCUGAACCACGCCUCGAACAGUUCCUCUCAGCUUACCUGCUUUUGCUCACCGGGGUCCUGCUGGCUCUGGUGCUUCUGCUGCUGGAACACGCUUACUUCAAAUACGUGAGGGGUCAUUUGCAGAAAACCGACAAGGGGGGUUGCUGCGCCCUCGUCAGUUUGAGCAUGGGUAAAAGUUUGAAUUUCCGCGGUGCUGUGAUAGAGGCCCACAAUAAGCUUCUCCGCCACCGCUGCCGGGACCCACUCUGCGAUACCCACAUCUGGAAGGUCAAACACGACUUGGACAUGGCGAGGGUCAAGAUCAAGCAGCUGGAAAAGGAACUGGAAAGUCAUGGAGUGAAGCCUUCCAGGAAAUUCGCCACGAGCAAUAUUCUUACAAGCUGUUGGAAGCCUCGCACGAACGGCUCAGAGGAGGAGGAAGAACCACGAAUCUUAAGUCUCGUCACAAGUCUCACAACAGCCCCGGAGAAGGAAAUGAUUGGGUCACAUCAAGUAUAUGGUCUGCAGGAUAUGACCAGAAACCAUAUCACAUCUAACGAGCCCCCACACCCCUCCACAGCCACGCAGGCCACCCCGACACCUGAGACUGGGGCCAGACAGAGGCAGCGGGAACCCAAGAGAAGGCACAUGAUAGGAAGAGUUACAGAAGUUUGAGACUGACUUAGGUCGUCGCAAGAGAUAAGGGAAAUAGCAGAGAUGGAGACUGUUCUAUAAGGAGAUGGUAUGACAUAUUGCUGUAUAUAAUCAUGUUGUAUUUGAUGUAUUUCUUUCAUUCUUUAUAUUUUUUUCAAGAGGGUUGGUAGAAAAUUAAUGGGGUUUUUUUUCUGAUGUUCCACCUCUGUUGAAGAAAAUGAGAUGCAUGUGGCAAGAUGUUUGUUAUAGAAAGUGGUUUGCGUGUUAGAAAACGUGAAUACUAAAGAAGAUUAUGUGUUGAAGGAAAACUUGAGGUAGAGAAAAAAACGUGGGAAUAUUAAAGAAGAUUAUGUGUUGAUAGAAAACGUGAAUACUAAAGAAGAUUAUGUGUUGAAGGAAUGGGGAUAUAUUAAGAAGAUUGUGUGUUGAAAGAAAACUUGAGGUAGAGAAAAAAAACGUGGGAAUAUUAACGAAGAUUAUGUGUUGAUAGAAAACGUGAAUACUAAAGAUGAUUAUGUGUUGAAAGAAAACUAGGGGAAUUACUAAAGAAUAUUGUGUGUUGAAGGAAACUUAAGAAGAUUAUUUGUUGAUAAGAAAACGUGAAUAUUAAAGAUUAUGUGUUGAAAAGAAAACGGGAUGUGUUGACUACUGGUGAUUUUGGUGUUAUUUAGGUUAAUAAUACUGAUAGUAGUGAUGUUGCUCUGUGCGUCAGUAGCUUUAGUAUUAAUACCGAUAAUGAUAAUGAUAACAAUAAUAAUGAUAACCUUACCCAAAAAUAUAUUAAAAAAAAAUGUAUAUAAUAACGAUAGAAAAUAACAAAAAAACUUAAAAAAAAAGAACUUUGAUAUCUAUUAAAAAAAAUAUCACAGCGAGAAAUAAUAAUAAUAACGAUAAUAGUUACAAUAAUGAUUAGAAUACGCCAAUUGUUUAUAUAAUGUACUAAUAAUAAUAAGUAUACAUACAUAUAUCUAUAUUUACGUGCAUGUGUGGGUGUGAGUGCGUGUAUGUGCGUGUAUGCGUGUGUUGGCGUGCUCUAUAAUACCGAUGCUCAUUUGUUGGUCUGUAUAAGCGAACCAGGAAGAAUAUAAAGGCUUGGAUCUCUUAUGUAAGGAAUCCAAUCUCAUAUAUAGAGGAUUGGAACGUCUAUAGCGGCGCCGGAUGAGAUUCAGACACAUAUAUCGCGUCUCUAAAACUUCUUGUACCUUCCUUCACUUCAUGUUGUCUAUAGUGUAAGGAGCGGCGGUGUGUGUGUGUGUGUGUGUGUGUGUGUGUGUGUGUGUGUUUGUUGCUGUUUUGAUUGUUAUUAUUAUCAUUAUUAU